AUGUUAUUUGCUUACUUUACUCUAGCCGUUUUGAUUUCUCCUACUUUUUCCACUGUCCUUUCCUACUCGUGCAAUGGCAAGUCUUGUUCCAGCCAUGAUGACUGCAACAACUAUCACAUUGAACGCAAAAAAUACUGCGACUACAUUCACGACAUUGGUGGCUCCAUUCAUGGCAGUUGCAUUUCCAAGAUUUCUCAGGAUUGUAAUGCCUGCAUUACGGGAGUUGAUCAAUCUGGAUGGUACUGCUGGAGUACCUCUGAUUAUGACAGAAACUGGUGGUUUGGCCGUCGUCGCUGCCACCGAGGCCGACGCGAAAACGGAGAUCAAGACAAUGAUGGACAUGGCGACAAUGAUAAUGAUGGCGAUGAUGAUGAUGAUGGACAUGGCGACAAUGAUGGAUAUGGACAUGGUGAUAAUGAUGGAUAUGGACAUGGCGAUAAUGACGGAUAUGGAUAUUCUCCCGCUACUCCGGCAGUUUAA